AUGAGGCGCCGCCGGCGGGCGGGCAGGACUCAGUGUGAGGCGAGCCGUGCAGCGGGCAGGUCACGCAGCGUGCGCCCCGUGCAGCCCUCAGCUCCCACCGCACCCCGCAGCCAGGCCGGGCCACCAUGGCUGAUCAACUGACAGAAGAGCAGAUUGCAGAGUUCAAAGAAGCUUUUUCACUAUUUGACAAGGAUGGUGAUGGUACUAUAACUACAAAGGAGUUGGGGACAGUGAUGAGAUCACUUGGUCAGAACCCCACAGAAGCAGAGCUACAGGAUAUGAUCAAUGAAGUAGAUGCUGAUGGCAAUGGCACAAUUGACUUUCCAGAGUUUCUGACAAUGAUGGCAAGAAAAAUGAAAGAUACAGAUAGUGAAGAAGAAAUUAGAGAAGCGUUCCGUGUCUUUGACAAGGACGGUAAUGGUUACAUUAGUGCUGCAGAACUCCGUCAUGUGAUGACAAAUCUGGGGGAGAAGCUAACAGAUGAAGAAGUUGAUGAAAUGAUUAGGGAAGCAGACAUUGAUGGUGAUGGUCAAGUAAACUACGAAGAGUUUGUACAAAUGAUGACAGCGAAGUGAAGACGUUGUACAGAAUGUGUUAAAUUUCUUGUACAAAAUUGUUUAUUUGCCUUUUCUCUGUUUGUAACUUAUCUGUAAAAGGUUUUUCCCUUACUGUCAAAAGAUUAUGCAUGUAUAGUAAUUAGAAGGCCAUUCCUCCAUGUUUUUCUCCUUUAUCUUACUGUCAUUGUUCUGAUUUUUGGAAAAUUGAUCGAAGUAACAAAUGUUGCAUGUGGCUUACUCUGGAUAUUUAAGCCCUUCUGCACAUCUAAAGUUAGAUGAAAUUGGUUAACUGAGGGAACAUCUGGAUUGUCUAUUAAAGAAGUAGCUUUCUAUAGCAAACUUAGGUAUGACUAGUGUGACAAGUUACAUAAAGUAAGCUAGGAUUUACCAUGCAUUAGCUGUCCCUUAGUUAAAGCAACAUGCUGGUUCUAGUUCUCGAGUAUAUAGGAGUUUUUUCUAUAGGAGUUUUUCCCUUUUCUGUGAUGGGAGGAUAAGGACUCUUGCAGCUUAACUGCAGGAUAAAAGUAUGGGAAUAGGGUCUGUCGUGUGGCUAAUGCACAGUAAAAGUCAUUCUCCUAGCUUACUUCACAGUAACUUGUUUGUGGCCAUACCUGUAACAUGUUGUUGAAAUGUGGAGUCUUAACGUUGUAGACGAUUGACAGUCAACAAUAUGAAACUUAAGUUGCACUAAUGCAAAACGGGUGAUUUAUCCAGGUACUCGUACACAAGUUUUUUUUGUACUGCUGGUCCUGUGCCAGAAAACAUUUUCUCCUCUUGUUACUAUGCUUUUUAAACUUUGUUUAGCCACUUAUUUUCAAAAAAAAUCUGCUUAUGGCACGAUUUGCCUCAAAUCCAUUCCAAGUUGUAUAUUUGUUUUCCAAUAAAAAAUUACAAUUUACCCAUA